AUGAGCUCACUCACCUCAAACACCUACCGCUGGUAUAAGCUGGGAACUGAGGCCAUGUUCACAUGGCUCUCGGACGCUUUAGCAAAUACUGGCAUAAUUCUCGACACAAGAUUGGAGGAUACAAGCAUCAGAAACCUCCUCAGCCUUGCAUCUCAAGCCAAACGCGCAGGUGCUUCGAUGCCGUACGAAGUUCUCCACUCACUUGAGGAUGCGCUGAAGAUACGAAGGCAGUAUCACGCGUGGUACAGCAACCAGAUCUCUCAAGACUCCUCCGAAGAAGCCAACAAGGGCAUCAAGCAGUCUAAUGAUUCGCACCAAGCAUUCAUCGACGUCCUGCAGUACAUUCACGACCUCUUCGCGCCCGCUGCGAUCCCAUCUGCCCACUCGACAUCAUCCGGAGCAUCAGACGAGAAGACUGCUGAGCUCACCAACCUUUUCGCAAACCUUGAGACUGAGGACAUUGCUGAAAUGGAAGAUGAUGAUCAGGCGGUCAAUACUAUCAACCAAUCCUCUGAUCCGCCGCCGGCUGUGAGGCAUUGGGUGUCAAAGAAGGCCCAGGCGCUGACGGAGGAUAAGUUCCUGGAGCUAUACUGUCUCUUUGACGAUGCGAACAAGAUCCGUGAGUACCUCCGCCAGAAAUGGGCCGAGUACCACUCUCGUAAGAUCGACAUCAUUUCGGCAGCCAUCACGACGCAAGAAGCCUUUGAGCUGUUCGCAGAGAUAGAGGAGUCCUACGAUCUCAAGUAUGGUAUAUCUGAGCGUAGGCAAGGUGUUUCCUUGCCCAGAUUCUUUGACCUCUUCAACCAUCUGUCAGACAAAUACAAAGAAGACCGAACUCGCACCGAGAAGAGCACUGAAUACACGACGAAAUCAGGAAAAGCAGCUGCCAAGCUUCAGGUGGAAUCGCCGGGUGAAGAGCACGAGCCGGGAGCCGAAGCCUCAGGAUGGGCGCCGUCCGAUGAGCUGGAGGACUGGGUUUUCAAGCCAGCAAACUAUGCGGUCCUGAGUAUGUAUGCUCAGCCAGAUGACUGGAUUCUCAAGCAAGCUUGUCGCACAACUGCGGAAAGGUCCAGGGACUUGGAUGCUGUUUUGAAUGGUCUGGGACUUGAUUGCGACCUUCGCACCGCUGCUAGGGGACUCCUGGAUACUUUCCUCGACAUAUAUGCCGGGAUGGUCUUUCUCGGCAAGAACCCCACAGCUUUUGUGACGCCGAAGGAUAUCGCCACUACUAUGUGGACCAAGAAUUACGAUCUCAGCAUUCGCAAGAUCCUCACCAUGCAUGUCUUGUACGAUAUCCGCACAGCAGAGUCUGAAGCCCGGCAAGUGGACAUCCCCACUCAAGUUUCCGAAGAUUACAAGAAGCUGGGAGGUGACGCGAAUCUUUUCAGCCGGUACCUUUAUGGGGACAUACAGCAACUGCCAGAAGACUUCAAGUUCCUCAGAGGGAUGGUUGACAAGGAACAAAGCUGGCUGAAAGGGCGAAUUCCCGGGCACGUGGAUCUACCAAACAGGCAGAGGAAGAAAGGACUCAAGAAGCUCUCAGAGCUUCCCUUACAGACGAACCCAGUCCUUGCAGGAAUGGUUCUCUUCCAUCUGUCUUACAACUGCUAUCUUGAUCGUGUCUCGUCAGUCAACAGCAAAUGGUUUCUAGUUCCUCUCGCCCACAUAAUGAACUGGCUCACGGUAGCGUACGGCGAGGCGACAGCAGACUUCCAGAAGAUCUGGCCCGAUCUACACGCAGCACUCGGUAUGAUCGGACCCAGGCCGGUCUGGAAGGGGUCUGGUCCACCAGAGGACUUGAGAACUUGCCGCAACCGCAUGCUCCUGUUAUGGGGCUUGCCACUCAAGGACUUCUACCAAAGGAUGGCCACCGGCGACAUCCCCAAGGCGGAGGAGCUCUUCACCCGCAUCAAGAACAACGAGACCGCUGGGAUGAUGGUGGCUGAACAGGGAAGGGGGGUGAUGCUUCGUGGCAAAGACCACAGCAAUGGGCCAGGCAGACGCGUGAAUCCGCUUCUCAGGAUUGAGGCCAACCAGUCCAUGCCACUCUUGGAUGCUGUCCGAGAGAACCUAUACUCUCACGGAUCGAUGAAGGCCCAACAGAGUCACAUCCGCAAGAUUGUUUUGGCGUCCAACGCCGUGGAGGGGUCGGCCGACACCAAGAAGGGCUCUCCCAGCAAACAGAAGCGGCGGCAGGAGGUAGACAUGCUGACCUACAUCGACGCGUUCUCCCGAGUGGCACAGGCAGAGAUCCCACGCCUGAUGUUUCCUCUCGAUGAUGUUUCGGAAGAGUGCUGCGGUAUCGCAGGCAUGGUCUUUGGUGGUGUCAUAGACAAGGUCAUCUUGCCCUUGGACAUGUGGAAAUGCGCCGCGAUGAGCCCGUUCAGGCCAGACACCAACGACGACGAGAGAAGGGCGUGGGUCCGUGAGCAGAAGUUUGGAGAUGGUGCCCAGAGCAUGUGUUCCCUCCUGGCCCUCAUCACCAUGUUUGGCGACAGGGCAGGCGGCUGGGGCAACGUUCGGCUUGAGCGCCUCAUGCUAGACCUGCUUGAGAAGGAAAGGAAGAUUAAAUCUGGGUACUUGAACGACCGGGCCACGAAGGGAUUUGUGGAGAAGUGCAAGGAGUUUGGAUUUGCUGUCCCAGAGUGCGCAACUGAAGCUUCGGCUUCUUCGCCUGCCGGCCCGUCGACUUGA